UGUCCUCUUCUCUGAUUUCGCAAGCAGUGCUGAUAACGUGUUAAAGUAUACUCAGUGGUAACGAGAUUGAGAGAGAGACAAAUGACAACGAUCAGUCUUUAUUGCAGGGGAACACUGGAUUAUAUACAGACUGCAGGAGUACUCCUCCAAGGGGUGCGACCCUUGGGUAGUAACUCAUCGGAUGGGUUUGAUCACAUGUGAAUGUUUCGCAACACAGGCCUUAGGAAGUGUCAAAUCACAAAUGAUCGUUCCAGGUAAGCAUGCUUUUUUUAAGUAGUUAAUAGACCGCCCGUCACUAUGACCAUGGAUCUGUUAACUGUUAACACAGUGCGGCAUGUUUAUAGCAUCUCUGAAUGACCGCAUCUGUCUGUGAUUAAGGCAAUGUCUUGAAUCUCCCCUUCCCAAGUCUCUUCCAUCUUUUGCCAGUGUCAGUGUGAUGUGCUCUCGCAGUGCACGCGUGGUAAAUUUCACCAGAUGUCCACCGAUCCGCACCCCAGGUCCAGACGUCCUGACCCGUUAUUGCUCCGACAAGCUCGGCGUGAGAUCCACCGGUAUGAAUAAAAUUAGCACGGAAUGUACACUGGCAGGCUCACGAGCCCGAGGAGAGUUCAUCCCCUAGCGUACGUUUUAUAUGCCGCGGCGCCGACAGACCCCGACGUGCCUGUCCCCCCCGCGCGCCGUCCCACCCCGCCGGUGCAGUGUACGUGCGCGCGCGGGCGGCGAUGGCCGCUCCGCAAGCAACGCAGCACUGUCUACGUGUCGCUCGACCUGCGCGACAGCGGCGUCAGAGACCGAAGCCUUGGAAUGUUUCCGGCCGUCCACGCAGCGUUUCCCCCGUGCUCCGUGUAUGUCUGCCUCCCUCCCCCGCUCCGCGCGGGCGAGCUGAGCGCCUGAGCCCCAUAAUAAAUAGGCGGCCAGCCACGUAGCAGCACCGGCCGGACGCGACGCAAUGCAACACGAAGAAGUGUGCGAUACUACUACCUGCGGUGAAGGCAAUGGUCGAGGAGGUGAGGAAGAACUCGAGAUGGAGGGGCACUCGUUGAUGAGGAUGAAGAGGAGGGAUCACUUGCUGCUCACUGACGGCGCCGGCGCCGGCGCCGGGGCGGGGCCUCUUGCGGUGCAGACGCCGAUGGAGCCCAUGGAGUUCCUGUCGCGGUCGUGGAGCGUGUCGGCGUCGGAGAUCUCCAAGGUGCUGGCUGGCGGCGUCGGCGGGAGGCGGAGCUCCAACUUCGUCGUCGACCGCCUGUCCGGGAUGCUCAUGCCGGAGACGCUCGCGCUCGCAGCCUCCUCCUCCUCCGCCGGCACCAACAACAUCAGCCCCCGCAAGCGCACCCUCAGGAGCAGGAGCGCGAUCUCCGCGCACCAGGUCCACCACACGGUCCACGCGAUCGGCAAGUGGUUCCACCACUGGGACGCGGGCAGCAGCAAGGUGGACAAGGCCCGCGCCGAGCGGGCGCGCGUGCACGCCGCGGUCUCCGUGGCGAGCGUGGCGGCCGCGGUCGCCGCCGUGGCCGUGGCCGCGGGCGCGAGCCCCGAGGUGGACGUCACCGACGACGGCGCCAGGAUGGGGAGCGCGCUGGCGUCCGCGACGCAGCUGCUGGCGUCGCACUGCGUCGAGGCCGCCGAGCUCGCGGGGGCCGACCACGACCAGGUGGCGUCCGCCGUGGAGACCGCGGUCGACGUGCGGAGCCCAGGGGAUCUGCUCACCCUCACCGCCGCAGCGGCCACAGCUCUCAGAGGGGCCGCGGCGAUGCGGCACAGGGCGCAGCGGGAGGCGAGGAGCAGGGCGGCCGUAGCGCCGUACGACAAGGCCUGCAGCUACCGCGCGGACGUCUGGUGCAAGGAAGGCGCGCUCCUCAAACGCAACCGCAAAGGCGCUCUGCACUGGAAGCAGGUGGCCGUGUACAUCAGCAAGAAGUCGCAGGUGAUAGUGAAGCUGAAGAGCAAGCACAUCGGCGGCGCCUUCUCCAAGAAGAAGAAAGGCGUCGUCUACGGCGUCUACGACGACAUCCCGGCGUGGCCGGCGCGCGAGGGCGUCGCCGCGCAAAGCUCGGCGCCGGAGACGUGCCACUUCGGGCUGAGGACGGCGCAUGGCCUGCUCGAGUUCCAGUGCGAAAGCAGGGCACAGAGGCGGGACUGGGUGGAGGCGGUGAAGGACCUGAUCCGGCAGGUGGCCGGCGGGACUGCUCUGCUCGAGCACUCCUUCGAGUCGCUAAGGCUGAGCGCGUCUUGAUUUAAGUUUGGCCGUGUAGUCUGGCAUGUAAAUCCGCCUCCAUUUGUCCAAUCGGUAGGGAGAAAUCGAGGUGCAAAUUUGCAGAAUAAUGUGCAGAGAUGUAGUUUUUUGCUUUUUCCUGGGAAGGUAAUAUGAAGCGCUUAGAGUGCUGGUGUAUGUAACGACGUGUGUCUCAAAACUAUCUCACCUUGUUUAACUUGAAAAUAGCAAGCCAACUUAAAAGAGAGAG